CACAGUAUCUCAACUCAGCCUUACAAGCAUCAACAACACUCAGCGGAUAGACAAUAGUCAUAGACAACAGUCAUCCAACUCACCAAACCUCGACAAGCCUCGCUCAAUCGACAUCCUUAGCCCAACAAGUCCCAAGACUUCAGAUCAACACUCAAAAUGCCUUCCGCAACACCAGUCCGCACCAUGAUCCGCUCGUGGGCCCGCCAAAUGACUGAGCCUCACCCCUUCGCUCGCAACCCCGUCACCGCCAAACCCUACCCAGCACAAUACGGCGUCAUGUUCCGCAAGGUCGGGCGGACAGGUGCUGUCUUCUUCCCCAUGUACGCCGUAGUACUCGGGUGGCCGCUCGCUGCCAAGUGGGCCUACAACGGCAUCAUGUGACUUUCCCUCGCGGAGGGAGAGCAGAGCAAGCCUGUCGAGCACAAGCAGGAGCGUGUGAGGAACCUCGAUGCUGCGGAGGUUAAGGAGCUUAUCUUGAAUAUGCGGUGGGACGACUAGAAUCUUGGUAUUCUGUCCCCAAGUUUAGCUUUGCAUUGCAUUGCAUUGCAUACAUGGAGUUAGGAGGCAAUUUGGAGUUUCGAAAGUAGAUACCAGACAAUGUAUUUUUUUGAGUUCAACAGUUUCACACCUUCAUAUGUUUUUGUGAUAACUGCAAUACGUUGAUAAGGGGAGGUAGAUCCGAUCACGCAGUACUCGGGUUGAAAACAUUGAGUUGCCGGCGUUCGAUGUCUGUUCUUGUAUGCUCCAUGCCUUUCGAUGCAUCAGCAUGACCAGUCGCCGGCGGCAUGCUUUUAGGGAUCAGUGCAAAAAGAUGGUAGGAUUAU